UUAGUCGGUUAGUUUCAAUCCGUUGUUUGAACGGAGAAGGUGCAUCCGCAAUUGGACUCUUGUGGAAUGUCUCGCCGUUUUAGUAACCUGCAGUAUAUUUCUAUAGGAAUACUGUUCGGAACGUGCGUCUUUUUGUGGACUAGAAAAUUAAAUUUGACAAACACAUUCCCGAGCAGUUCAGCAGGCAACUUGCGUCAGGUUGCUCGAAAUGGAAACGAGCGACGCUUAAUCGAAUCUAUGGAAAAUAGACUAGAAGACGAUCUACCUGCAAAUGUCGAAGAUGAAGAGCAGAUUGUUUACAAUCCAGACGAAAAUUCAAAUGACGUGGUAUUACGUCCCAAAGAAGCUGCCGAUCUUGUCGACACUGAAGAAAUGCCAAUGAACAGCCCAAGCGCUUCCAAAGAAGUCGAAGAUGAAGUUGUGGAUCCGUCGAAAACAAGUUCAAACGAAACAGUCGACGAAACGCAAUCACCUGAACCUGAAUUACCAGUCGAGACAGUGUCUGAUGCGGUCGAGACACAAACGGAAAAUACUGUUGACAGUGAAGAUGGCUCCACAGAUUCACCAGCGACGUCAAAUGAAACCAGCAAGUCCUCGGUCGACGUCAUUUCCACGACAACGAAUUCCGCAACGAACUCUUCUCCAAGAGAGUAGCUUAUUAAUUAUUAUGUUACUGAUUUCACGCAUCUGAAUCAAUUAAACCAGCAGAUAUUUAUCAUAACUCAUGCACGGUCGCCUUUUUAACGACUUGAAAUAUUUAUCAUUCAUUCAUCAUUUCACAUGAUAUAAAUUAUUCAUCAUACACUGAUUUCUUUUUAAACGGCGUGGCAUUAUGAUGUGGGCAACACCCCAAAAUUUGGAAAAAAUAAUUGUGUAAGAUUAUCUCAACUUCUAAAUCAAUAAAAAUGUUGUUGUUCUCCAUAA